UCUAUUGUCUGUAUCAGUUAAAAAAGGAUUUCAGUUUCACAUUCUUGUAUAUCCCGCGGCCCCCGUCAUCUGAAAUAGAGUUUUGGAAAAUUUUAAUGCUACGUCAUUAUCACAGCAGACUCAGUAAUCGCAUUUAUGAGUAUUGAUGAUUCCAGCUGACGUUUACAAUAUGGAUAAGAUUUAUAUUUGGAUAGAUAGUGCAAGUUGCAAUGAAAGAUAACCCGAGGUGCAGAAGUGACUGCCGUUCUCAAUUAUAUUUUUCCAGUGAGGCAUUAAACACGUUUCUUUAAACGGAGAGAACACAUUGCCAUCGAAGUUCGCUCGUCUAUGUAUAAAUAGACGUGUGGAGCAAGCAAAGGUAUCUCAAUCUCAACUAGUGUGAGUGUUUUAAGAGUUGGUUUGAUCGCCAGCUUACACUUUAAGCCUUGGCGUGAAAGAAUUUGGAGUAAGAUAGUUUUUAAGUGUAGCCAAGAUGAGUUUAUUCGGCAUCUCUCUUCCAACAAUUCCUACGAUUCCAACAAUUCCAACCAUUUCAUUGCCCUCUAAAAAUGGGAAUGUAGGGGAGUUUGAAAUCAAAGGAGAAGUGGUGUUAAUGAAAGCAUAUCUUGCGGAUGUUACCGACUACUCUGCCACGAUCGCGGACACGGUCUCUGAAUUGAUCGGGCAGAAAGUCUUUCUUCAGCUCGUCAGCAACGACAAGAUUGACGAAGAUUCGGGAUUGGGGAAGAAAGGAGAGGAGGAAUCAAUAAGCUGGAACCCACUGGAUGGUCCCAUUGCUGGUGACUCGAAAUUCUCCGUCAGUUUCACAUGGAAGACUGAACUGGGAGUGCCCGGUGCAUUGUUGGUCAGGAACGCGCACCCGAGGGAGUUCUUCUUGAAAUCGCUCUCUCUUUCUGCUGUACCUGGCAAACUUCCAGCAAUUCGCUUUGUGUGUAACUCCUGGAUCCAUCCUUACUAUUUAUUCAACAAAACCGACCGGGUCUUCUUUUCUACUCAGAGUCAUCUUCCCAAUGAAACACCGGCGGGUUUGUUGACGCUAAGAAAGCGAGAGCUGGCUACUCUGCGAGGAAAUGGUACCGGAGAGAGAAAGUUUUAUGAGCGUGUGUAUGACUACGAUCUUUACAAUGAUCUCGGUAACCCAGAUAGUAGUGCCGAUCUCCGCAGGGAAGUGCUUGGUGGGUCACAGGACCUUCCUUAUCCCAGAAGAUGUAGGACUGGACGUGCCCCCUGCAAAACAGAUCGGAAGUUCGAGAGCUUGCCUCUGUUGCUCACCACCCAAUACUACAUUCCCCCAGACGAGAAGUUCCCUCAUAUCAAUCUGUCCGACUACAGGUCUAAUUUGGUGCGAGCCUUCGCCAAAAAGGUGAUACCCACCAUCAAGUCCAUAUUUGGUGAUGAGUUCCACUCGCUGCAAGAAGUGAAAGAUAUUUACAGCAAAGGCAUCCCCAAGGCUCUCAACAAUGUUAUGGAUCUUAGUAAAGACCUAAUUCCUCUCCAAAUGGUUAAAGGACUGCUCAGCACACAGGACCAAUCUCUCAUUAAUUUCACAGUUCCCCAACUUAUUAAGGCUGACGAAAAUGCGUGGAAGACAGACGAAGAGUUUGCACGACAUGCCCUUUCCGGUCUCAAUCCCUUGACCAUUCAAUGUCUGCAGAGCUUUCCUCCAACAAGUAGCUUGGACGCCGACCUAUAUGGCCCUCAAGAGAGUUCUAUAACGGCAGAACAUAUCGAGAAAAACCUCAAUGGCCUUACGGUGCAGCAGGCUGUGGAAGCAAAAAGACUCUUUAUCUUGGACUACUACGAUGCGUACAUGCCCUAUAUUGAACGCAUUAACAAAGAAUCAGACGAACGUAAAAUGUAUGCCUCCCGCACUCUCUUCUUCCUCACAGACCAAGGAAUUCUGAGGGUUGUUGCGAUCGAGUUGUGUUUACCACACACCAGUCUCACCCAAGCUGAAAGAAAAGUUUACAGCCCUGCACAAGAGGGAGAAGAUGGCGCUCUGUGGCUGCUUGCCAAAGCUCAUUCAAGAGUUAACGAUGCUGGUUAUCAUCAGUUGAUCAGUCAUUGGUUAAGAACUCAUGCUGUCAUCGAGCCUUUCAUCAUUGCUACUCACAGGCACCUAAGCAAAAUGCAUCCCCUUCACAAGUUAUUACUCCCUCAUUAUUUUGACACCAUGGACAUUAAUCAAUCUGCCCGGCAGAUUCUGAUUAAUGCAAAUGGUGUUAUUGAACAAGGAUUCACGCCCUACAGAUACGCCAUAGAAUUGUCCUCUAAAGCAUAUAAACACUGGAAACUCAAUGAACAGGGCUUGCCCGCCGAUCUAAUUAAAAGAGGCAUGGCAGUUGCAGAUUCAACGGCACCCCACGGAUUGAGGCUUGCGAUAGAAGACUACCCAUAUGCAGUGGACGGUCUGGAGAUCUGGGGUGCUUUAAAGCAAUGGGUGAGUGAUUAUGUGUCUCUCUACUACAAGAGCGACGAUGCAAUCAAGGAAGACACAGAAGUGCAAGCAUGGUGGCAGGAAGCUGUGAAUGUGGGGCAUGGAGACCUGAAGAAGGAAAGUGGGUGGUAUCAGAUGGAGUCGGUGCAGGAAGCAGUGGAAGCAAUUACAACCAUCAUUUGGAUUGCAUCUGCUCACCAUGCAGCGGUCAACUUCGGGCAAUAUGCAUAUGGAGGAUACAUGCCCAAUCUCCCUACUCUCGGCAGACGCCUAAUUCCCGAGCAACAUUCCCUUGACUAUGCCCAAAUGAUGAAAGAUCCAGAGGCGUUUAUGCUGUCAUCUGUGUCCAACCCCAAUCAGGCCACCACGGUGAUGGCGGUGUUGGAGCUUCUGUCGAAGCAUUCAACGGAUGAAGCCUACUUAGGGCAGGUGAAGGGAUCCACUCAUGAAUUGACUGACGAUGACGGCAUCGAACAAGCGUUUGGAAAAUUCUCUGCAGCUCUGGCGGGCGUGGAGAAAAAUGUGUCAGAGAGGAACAAGAAUUCCAACCUGAAGAACAGGUAUGGGCCAACACAGGUUCCAUACACACUGCUCUAUCCGAACACCACCGAUCUCUCCAGGGAGGGUGGAUUGACUGGCAGGGGAAUUCCAAACAGCGUUUCCAUUUAAUCUUUGUCUCUCUUUGCGACAACGUCAAUAUCGGAUCCAUUUAAUUUACUAAGUGUUUGUUUAAAAUAGACGCUGCGACGAUUCUACAUCGUUGUCGAGCUAUAUAAUUAGUCACUAAAUGUAAUGCAGCUGUGUAGAAGUAGGUGUAGUUGGCACUAUUCCAUCUUAUUCUAAUAAAGAAUUUUCCUUUCCUUC